AAAAGAAGGAACAACGGCUGUGCCUAAAAGGGCCGCGGCCACAUGCAGCCCAUUCGCUGCACAAAUUUUGCCCGAUGCAUGUCCAAGGAUAAGGCCAUUAAGAACUUUGUCAUUCGAAGCAUAGCGGAGGCUGCAGCAGUCAGAGACAUUUCUGAGGUGAGUGUCUUCGAAGCCUAUGUACUUCCCAAGCUGUAUGAGAAGCUGCAUUACUGUGUGAGUUGCGCAGUUCACAGCAAAGUAGUCAGAAAUCCAUCUCAUGAAGUCCACAAGGACCAAACACCCCCACCCUGA